AUGGAUAUUGAAAAUCCGAUGAAUUCAAGGGAAAAAGAAUUGCAGAUUGUUAUCCGGUCACCGUUGAAGCUUCCUGAUGGUUGGUUGGUUGAGCAACGAAGCCGCCCUAACCGUAACCCUAAUCAUGCUGACAUUGUUGACAGGUGUUACAUAGAGCCACACACUGGACAGAAAUUCCGUUCUUUGGUAUCUGUUCACAGAUAUCUAAAUGGAGGAGAAACAAAAGACUAUCUUUCUACUGAGAGAAUGAUAUCAGAAAACAAGAACACUACUUUCAUCAAGUCUAGAAAAAGGCAAAAAUUUCGUUGUCCUUCAAGCGAUUUUGAGGGACGAGGUUUAACCGGAAAAAAUGCAUGUAGAGCUACACCCAAGGUGCCUAAACCAAGCAAUGGAGAAAAUACAUGUAGAGCUACACCGAAGUUAGUUUCUAAAUGUGGCUCUGGUAAGCGAAGUACUCCUAGUAUGAGAAGUUAUGAAAACCCUGUCGAGAAAAGCUUUUCAGAUGCCGAGGAUCAAACAACUCCAGAACCUUCUAUUCAAUCUACGGAUUCCGAAAUAACCGAUUCUCAGAAGAAAAUCAAAACGGGGGAAGACGACGGAGGUUCCAUCCAUAACUUAACAAAACCACCAACAAAAGUAAGCUGGGUUUUGUCUGGUCCUGGUGGCUUCUGGAGCCCUUUCCUAGAUGAUUCUAUUGUACCAACAUCUGAAAAGACGAAAUGGAACGAAACAUUUUUCAAUAUCCUUCAAUGAAGGAGUUAUUAAUGGACACUAGACUUAGCA